AUGAGCGAAUUGAGGACAGAUGACGACGACGGCUACCGCUCUCCCUUGCAGACUGCGACAACAACCCCUCAGUUCCCCCUGCAAGUCUCCUCGGCCCGUUCAGAAUCCACGGAGCCGAGUGGCAACUGUCUAAGUGAGUCAGAGGAGGGGCGUCCGAUGGAGCCCAAUAACAAGGCGGACACCCAAGCUGACCUACUUGACAUACUUUUGAGCGCAAAGAAAACCAAUGAGAAUGAGACCAUCUUCGCGCAGGAUACCGGACAAACGGAGUCCCUGGACCUGAGCCGGAUUCCGGUGUCCAGUAAGGACCCUGAACAUUCAACGAAAACAGAGUUUCCGAAUCCCUUCGAGCCAGUUGACCAAAAAGGUCGGGAACUUCUCAGCUUUAUGACAGCCCUCGCGGCCUCUGGAAGCCUUUUUGGACGACCAGCACCACCAGGUCCACUUCUGCCCGGUAUCAAUCUCCUAGAUGAAACCGCCUUCAUGCGCGGUAUUGGCCAGGACAUGGUUGAGCGACCCAAUUCAUCGACCGCUCCGCCUGCGCCUGCACAGCGCAAAUGUCAUAUCUGUUCGGAGGAGAUACCCGAUUUGAUGCCGGAGUACAUGAAACAUCUGACAAUGACGCAUCUGAUGCCGGCGCCCAUGGCCCUGAUCACCUCACUCACCGUCUACAAGGGAGUCGGCGGACUGGAAUCCAGUGCGGGUAUCCCGAAGCUCCUCCCACAAGCGGCAGUCACCAAGGGUGACUUUUCCUGCAUCACGUCUUCGGCGCUUUCUAGUCUAAUGUCCGUACCUCAACCCCUGCUCAAUCCAGAUGCCAUCUCCCGCGUUGGCGCAGGAUGCGACCUCUCAAAUCUCCUCAACAACGCCCCCUUUGCGGUUCCCAUGCCAGGCUUCUGGCCCAACUUCAACAUCCCUGGAGACCAACCAAGAGGGCCUUUUGAUCAAAAAAGCAAGGACAAGACACGUGAGCCACAGCCAGUAGGCUCAUUUCCUGCCAAUUCGAUGGACAGUCUGAAAGCCUGCUUUUCGACGGAUCCCCUGAGCUCCUUGGACCAGCGGCGCAUUCCUGCCUUUCCACUGGGCGUUAAGAGCAUGUUCGGACUGGGUUUCAACAGCCUCUGUGAGCAUUUACCCACGUCUCUGAGGCCUCGACAAUCUCCUGAGACGGCCUUUCCUCUGCAGCCUCCGACGUCGAUCCAUUCAGCCGGUGGUCUGCCGGAAGCCAGUGGUGACCGUACUGCUGGAAGGAAUUGGGACGAGACGGCAAUGGGACCCGAUCAUGAACUCAGUUUCAAGCGACCUCGACUGGAAACCUCA